CCGUUCACUUUGGAGCGCGCGUGGAUUUAUUUUGUUUCGUGCCGCGAACUUUUUGAUAAGUGAAUUAACUUUUAUUUGCUUUGUUUUGAUAAUAAAUAGAGUGUUAGCUUAGUUGCAAGUACCGGUGGUGUGUUAGUACUGUGUUGUGAUAUAUCAGGUGUAACAUUCCAGUUUGAACACCGUUGAAGCCUCCAUAAAGUGUGCCCUAUCGUAGGUACUUCGCUUCGUACUUACUAGGUUCAUUCAUCAGGAGCUGCUUAUUUUCUUCUCUGAUAACAUUUCAAAAUGCGGUUAUGAAGAAAAGUGAACAUUUAGAUGGAGUCUAGAGACAGGUGAUAUGAGGAAUGCGAAAACAUCGGAGUAAGAACUGCUGCUGAGAUGGCGCGGUGGUGCGCGCUGAUCCAGUACACGACUAUCUGGUUCCUUGUCGGUCUUCUCACUACAGUAUGGGCUACACCAGGGCCGUGCGAAGUCGAGACAGGCCAGUCGAGUAUAAUAGUUGAUAUUGAAGAAAGCAGAGGAGAACAAACAAAUCAAACCACAACGCCAUUAAUACUACCUAUAGUCGGGGAGCCAGAUGUAGAUAUUGUGUUGUCGACGGUCUUCCCCAAAGGCCCCACGUUGUUCGAGCUCGAUGGAAAACGAUUGCAGCUGCUGCAGCCUCUCGACAGAGAUGCCGAUAACUUGUCGCAUAUGGUGUUUCAGCUGGUGUGCCAGGUGAAAGCGACGAAGAAGCGUCGCACCAUCCCCGUGAUAGUGAGAGUGUCCGACAUCAACGACAACGCGCCAGUGUUCCAGGGGGUCCCGUAUGAAACUAACGUAUCUGAGCUGGUACCAAUAGGUUCGACGAUCUUCGAUGGAGUACGCGCCAAAGACAUAGACACAGGAGUCAACGGUCUCGCUGAGUACUUCGUGGUACCGGGGGACAAUGGUACCCUGGAGGCUGCUCAUGCGGCAGACGGUUAUGAAUACUUCACCAUACCCCUGCCUCAUCAAGGCCAGGUCGCGGUGAACAGGAGUCUGGACUACGAGAGGAACCAGAAGUAUCUAGUCACUAUUGUUGCUUCUGACCGAGCUCGUGACACCAAGAACCGUCUGUCCAGCACCACGACGCUGACCGUCAACGUGUUGGAUGAUGAUGAUCAGGAUCCGUCCUUCAUCUACCAGGGCUGCACCAUGCAUGAAGGAGCCUGCAUCAACCCUGAGUAUACUAGCUAUGUCAACGGCGGAGUCCUAGCGGGCAUACUAACAAUCGAACCGGAGAAGAUCCAAGCGGUUGACAUGGAUACAUUAAACGCCCGGAUUAAAUACAGCAUAGAGAGUGGGGAGCCGGACAGCUGGGCGACGUACUUCGACAUAGACGCCAACACCGGCGCCGUGAGACAGCUGCUGCCCGUCGACACCAGCAUCGCCAAGAAGUUCAACUUGAUUAUCAAGGCGGAAGAAAUCUCCGAAGGGAAGCGUUUUACCACUGCCAAGUUAACCAUAACCGUGAGACCAGUCGACGCGAACCCGCCGGUAGUCUCCGCUACAGCUGACGAGGGGAGAGUCGAGGAGAACUCUCCUAAAGGCACCAAAGUACUGGAUAAUGCUGGACAACCUAUACGACUGAGCGUUAGUGAUAGUGAUCUGGGACCGGGCGAUCCGAUACCGAAAUAUACAUUCGAACUGACGAACAGCUUCUUCGAUAUCGACAAAGAUGGCUUUUUGGUGGUCAGCAACGAAAAUCUCGACCGCGAAGCGCCCAAUAGUGGAAAAUUUAGAAUACAGCUCGUAGCCCGGGAAGCGAACGGCGGUGCUGCAUCCGCACCGUACUCUCUCACAGUAAAUCUACUGGACGUGAACGACAACGCGCCCGUCAUACCCAAAACACAACCCAUCACGGUACCGGCCAGCUUAGAACCUAUUGCUGUUUAUAAGGUGGAAGCAACAGACGCGGACGAGGGCGAGAACGCGCGGAUAUUAUACAGUCUAUACCACGUGUCCAACAACGGCGGUAACAAGUUCACUAUUGACCCCCUCACAGGAGUCAUAUCGAGCACGGGUCGUCUAGUAGCGGGCGAGCAGUACAGCGUUACCGUCCGAGCCACAGACGCGGCAGGGCUCAGCUCGCAGGGCAUAGUCGAGUUGGCGGUCGCCCCGGGGCCCAACACGCGCCCCCCGCAGUUCUCCGCCAGGGACUACUUCGCCCCCGUCUCCGAGGGCGCCGCCAUCAACUCCACCGUCACUACUGUCACCGCCAAAGAUCCAGAGAACGAGCCAGUGACGUACUCGAUAGUAUCCGGGAACGAUCUACGUCAGUUCGCGAUAGGAUCCAACACUGGAAUCAUCACUGUCAUUCGAGGACUGGACAGAGAAGUCCUGACUAGAUAUCAGUUGAUGGUGAAAGCUGAAGAUCCAGGCAAGCUGUCCACCACGGCGACAGUCAACAUCAAAGUAACAGACAUAAACGACAACAAUCCCAAAUUCGACGAGGAAUCCUACAAUUUUAGCGUGAAAGAAGGUCUAUCAGGCGAGUCUGUAGGCUACGUUCACGCCACAGACCUAGACGAAGGAGUGAACGCGAUAGUCAGCUACACCAUCCCACAACACCUGCCGUUUAAUAUUGACAAUGCGACUGGACACAUCACUACUAAUACCAAAUUAGAUUAUGAGGAUACUAAGGAGUACGCGUUCGUCGUAACCGCAACAGAUGGCGCCAUAGACAAGCGGCUGGGCACCGCAUCCGUAACCGUGUCCGUACUCGACGUACCCGACGAGCCGCCGACGUUCCCGCAGGCUGUUUACUCCGUGCACGUACCUGAAAACGCAGCCAACUACCCCGUCGUGAAAGUCCAUGCUGAAGACCGAGACACGAUGCCUGAGAUAACGUACACCAUACUCAAGGGCGACACAGAUCUCUUCUCUAUAGAUCGCAAGUCAGGGCUCAUUAGGACACUACAGGCAUUGGACAGAGAAACCAGUGCGAGGCACGAAUUGAUAGUUGGUACAGAGGAAAAUGCUGAAGAGACUAAGGGUUCUACUACUACUGUGGAGAUUCUUGUUGAUGAUAAAAACGACAACGCGCCAGUAUUUACAUCCCCAAUUCGGCCUGUAACUAUAGAGGACACUGCGCCUAUCGGCUCGCUAGUACAAACUGUCACUGCGGUGGAUGCAGACGCAUUGCCCCCGCAUAACCGCGUACGAUACGCUCUAGCGGGCAGGGGAAAGGCGUCUAUAUACUUCCAUGUGGAACCUGAUACUGGGGAUAUCAGAGUACGGGAUGACCUGAGGAAGGAAACGGAUAGUGAAUACACGGUGGACGUGCAAGCGUACGACCAGGGUGAGCCGGUUAUGUCGUCGGUCAUCAGUCUCACCAUAUACGUCAGCCACUCCGCUACUGUACCCGCUGAUGUCAGACUUGGUUUCCCUGAUACGUCGUACACAGAACAUAUUGCAGAAAAUUCUCCGAACGGCACUCUCAUAAGGACGUUGCCGAUUUGGAACAAGAACAAGCAUUCUAAGGACACGCCGCUAAAGUGUUUACUUACUGAAACGUCUCAAAAAGGUGUUUUCUACGUGAAACUAACCGAAGAAAGGGACUGCGCUAUCUACCUCAACGGGUCAUUAGACUAUGAAACUCUAACAGAAUACACCUUAGAAGUCCAGCUGGAGUCAAUUCAGGGUCUUAUCAAUCUAGACCAGCAUAAAGCCAAGAUCAGAGUCCAUGUGACAGAUGUGAAUGAUAAUGCGCCAGUGUUUGUGUUCCCCGACCAGUCGACUAUAAUGGCGGCCAAGGGGAAAUACUUUGCGAUCGCCACCAAAGACAUGCCUUUGGGCACAAACCUGUUGCAAGUCAAGGCCAAGGAUAAAGAUAGCGGUGACUACGGUAAAAUAGAAUACAAGAAGAACUCCUGGACAAAAGCAGCUGAAGAAUAUUUUAGUUUGGACUCCGAUACUGGAGUUAUAACGAAUAUCAAGACAUUUGAGAGUGUCCCACACGAUUACUUGCCGUUCAAAUUCAAUGUGAUGGCCAGAGACAAUCCUAAGGAAGAGUUCUAUAAGACUGCCAGAGCUUCCGUUGUUAUAAAUCUUCUACAAAAAGAAAACCAAUUUAUCAUCGAGAUUGGAGACAUUGGUUCCGAUGCUAUGACAACGCUUCAAGCUAGAAACUUACUAAAUGUCGUUGAAGAGAAGAGCGGCCUAGUGGCCGGCCUAGAGAAAGUCACUCCAAGGUUCUAUUUGGGAGAAAAUGGGACUUUAGAGAGUGAUCCCAAAGGAACCGAUGUUUGGCUGUACCUCCUAGAUCCUAAUACGGGUGACAUACUGAUAAGAGAAUCUGAGACUGUUAAAAAAGCCGUAUCAGCGGGCCUGGGCGUCCGAGCGCCGCCGGUAGCGGGUACGGGCGUGCGACGCGUCGCCACGGCGUCCGCACCGCUAGCGAGUGCGUUACCCGCUGCGUUACUGGCGCUAGCAGCAUUAGUGCUGGUAGCUGCAGCCAGUGCGACUGUGUAUAUCUGCGCUUCGUGGAAUAGAUACAAGAAACACAAGGAACAAGCGCUGCAGCAGCAGUAUGGGACGCUCAGUAUGAGUAUGCCGCCGCCGCGCCCGCCCUCCGGCUACGAGUCCAGCGAGGAUGAGCCCGCGCCGAGAUACGAGACGCAGGUUCUCAACAUGGCUGUCGAUGAUGCAGACUUACAGUUGGACUUUAGCCCAAACAACCACGCAUUCAACAUACACAACGUGCAAUAUCUAUCCAAAGACAACGGAGAGCGAAGUCCAACGAUAUCAGAAUCCGCUACCACUGCCCGAGCGUCGAGCGUCAACGAAAACGGCGGAACACUAAACAAAAUACAGAACCAGAAUUUUGACACUAUUGCUAACAACGCUACCAUUGCUCGUAACACACAGACGCUCAACCGACGAGUGCCUAAUAAUCACGCGUUGAACAACGCUUUAGGAACUUUACCGCGAGUGAAUAAUAAUGUAGGCGGAGGUCUAGCCACGACGUUAGGGAGGAAAAUAAAUGGGAACAACCACAAGAAGAAAGCGACGCAGCCGAUUAUGGCGUAUGACGAAAUACCUGGGUUACAAAGAGCAACAGACAACGACAACGUAACAUUCGGCAAGAGGAAUUUCAGUGGGUUUUCCUACGACCAAUCACCAGUAGAAACCACUACUGAACUAUAGUUACAAUAAAACCAGACAAUAAUGUUGGGACAAGAUAUUUUUGUAUGACAAAAGUGAAAUUGAAAGCAA